AAGAUGGCCGCUCCCAUGAUGUGCGGGAUCUGCACUGAGGAAGAGCAAAUGAAGUUUCGUAGAGAAUGAGAUAAACUUGAAGAAAAUAAAAUCUAUUCAGAGGCUGGGAAAGAAGUUUGAUCAAAGUAGUCUUUGCAGAGGGGUUGGGCUGGCGUCUAAGGGGCGGAGCGACGCGCUGAGUGGUAUUGCGCAUGCGCAUCAGCUAGGCGGUUAGAUUUGAAUAGCUCACUCAGCCUGUCUGGGCGUUGUGAGGUGACGUCCUUUCUGAGGAGCGCGCGGACCCCAAACAAAUCCAGCAGGUGGGCCGCGGAGGAAAAAGGUUUUCUUCAGAAAUGGAUGGAGUGUCUUCAGAGGCAAAUGAAGAAAAUGACAAUACAGAGAGACGUGUUAGAAGACGGCAUUCCUCAAUUUUAAAACCCCCAAGGAGUCCUCUUCAAGACCUCAGAGGUGGGAAUGAAACAGUGCAGGAAUCCAAUGCUUUCAGAAGUAAGAAGAGUUCUCGACGAGUCAGCUUUGCAGAUACUAUAAAGGUAUUCCAGACAGAAUCUCAUAUGAAAAUAGGAAGAAAAUCAGAAGUCACAGAAGCAGAAGCAAAAGAAAAUGUUCCAUUUAUACAGAGUAAGAGUUCAGAAGAUAAUUACCGUGAGAUAACUGGGAUGAAUACAUUGCUUUGUGCUCCCAUUCAGACCCAGAUGCAACAGAGAGAGUUUUCAAUUAUAGAACACAACCAUGAAAGGAAACAUGCAAGUGACCAGACAGUCAUCUUUUUAGAUGAAAACCAGAUGGACUUAACAGCAAGUCACACUGUGAUGAUUACCAGAGACCUUUUAGAUUGUGCCAAAAGUGAAAAGUCCACCAAGAUAGAUACCACGUCAUUUCUGGCUGACUUAAAGCACCACCUUGAGAACUCAAGAAUGAAAAAAUCAAAUUGUUCUGUAGAUCAAAACGCUUCUUCGGAAAAGAAAAUAAAUUGCACUGACUUCAUAAAAAGAUUGAAAACAGGCAAAUACAAUGCUUCUUUUUCUUCAGGGCCUGAUAAAGAAAAUUGUGAGAUACCUAUUUAUUCCAAAGAAGCAAAUAGUGCCUCUUCUAUAUAUCAAAUGUAUGUACCUGUUAAUGUAGAUGAGAAUAGUAGCAAUAUGACUAGAAUCUUCAGAGAACAAGAUGAUGGGAUGAAUUUCACCCAGUGUCAUACAGCCAAUAUUCAGACAUUGAUUCCCACAUCCAAUGAGGCCAACUCAAGGGAAUUUAAAGGUGAUAGUACAAUUUAUGGGAAUGACCAAAUGGACUUGACAAUUAACCACACUGUCCAGAUUUUACCCUCAGCACCUAAUUUAUCUGAAAUAGAAAACCAAACUCAGAAUGUCAUGAUGAAUGUUAUAACAGGUUCUGAAACUAAAGUUCCAGGAAAGAAAACAGUCUGUAAGAAUAAACAAAAUGCUGCUUUUCAAAACCCUUCCUUAAACCCUGAAGACAAAAUAUGUAUUACCAGAAGCCACAUUAUAGAGACAGAAACUCACACCGUCACACAGACUUCCGAUCAAGAUACUAGAACUUUGACCGCAACACCAGAAUCCGUAUGUUCUAGUCCAUCUAUUCAAGGUUAUAAGACAGUUUUUUAUUCUAGUUGUAAUGAUGCCAUGGAACUGACCAAGUGUUUCUCAGGUAUGAAAGCAGAGGAAAAUUUGCCAAACCAUGAUGGUAAUUCUAAAAUUUGUCCCAAUCCAGAUGGCAUCCCUCUUCUCCUAGAGAAAACGAUUUAUUCAGAAGAAGAUAACAUGGACAUUACCAAGAGUCACACAGUUGCAAUAGAUAAUCAAAUUUUAAAACAAGAUCAGACAAAUGUACAAAUAACUGGUGCACCAAUAUCUGAGAAAGAAAUGGUACUCUCAAAUAACAUAACUGUGUCAGAAUAUGGGAAAAUAAAUGUAAGUUUUAGCUCAGUUCCUCAUGUGCCAAAGGAAAAAUUACAGCAGAACUUGGCAAAUCCUUUGUCUAUUUCAUUAACCAAUGAAAAGACUGAACUCUUAGCUGGUGAAAAUAUGGAUUUGACUGAAGGUCAUAUAAGUAACUUAGAAAGUCAAGGUCCUCUUGCAUCUAAUAAUCUAGUGCCAGAGAAUAUCAGUAAGUCUAACUCUCAUAGCAAAAACACUUCAGAAGAAUGGGGGAAAAUAACCAAAAGUCAUAUCAAACCAUCCCAACAACCAAACAUAAUAUCUAAGGACAUAGCAACAAAUCAUAAUAUUGUCAACUCUGGUAGAGUUCUUGAUAAGCAAAGAACACUGAGAAAUAAUAAAGAUACAGUUUCAAGUGAGCAGCCUUUGUUUUCUACCAUGAAGCCAUUAUAUUCAACAGAAGAACAAUCUGCCAUGAAAACUUAUAAUACUGCUGUUAAUAGUCACACAGUGAAAUCUAUACUAGGCCAAAAUUCUAAACUGCCUGAACCACUGAAGAAAAAUGUAAGUGACUGCACAUCUGACUAUUCUCAUGAGAAGAUGAUUAUUUGUUCAGAGGAGGAGCAAAAUAUGGAUCUAACCAAGAGCCACACUGUUGUCAUUGGAUUUGGUUCUUCUGAAAUACAAGAACUUGAUCAGACUAAUUUAAAACAUACUACUAACCAGGUAGCAGUAAGCAAACAGAGAACUACAAAAUUUGAAAAAUGUAAUAAAAGUCCUAUAGAGAAAAGUAGAAUGUUUGUGUCUAAUAAUAUCAUGGAUGUGUCAGAAGACAAAAACGUGCAGAAACCUGAAUUUCUGAAGGAAAAUAAAAAACUCAAAUGUCGUGGAAGGAAAAGUGUUCGUGGACUAAAGCAUGAUAAGUCUGUUAUAUUUUCAGAGGGGGAUGAGAAUGAUAUGGAUAUCACCAAGAGUUACACAGUAGAAAUAAGCCAUAGGCCUCCAUUAGAUGAACAUGAUUCCCAUUUGGUGCCCUUGCCAGAAACUUCUAAAACUAUUUUGUAUUCAUGUGGGCAGGAUGACAUGGAGAUUACUAGAAGUCACACGACUGCCUUAGAAUGUAAAACUGUCUUACCAGAUGAAAUAACUGCUUUGGGUAAAACUGUAAUGUUUGUCGAUGACCAAGAUGAAUUAGAAAUGACAAAAUGUCACACUGUUUUCAUUGACUUUCAAGUCAGACCUGAUGUUGAACUAUCCAAAAGGAAAAGCCUACGACAAUCAAAAGUGACAUACACUGCCGAGGAGAGUGUUUUCUUUCCAGAAUGUGAUAAAAGUGAUCAUAAAGCAGCAAAAAGCAGCCAUCUAACAGUACUAGAGGAAAGGCCAAAUAGUGAUCCUGCAGAGAGAGCCAUAGCAUUUAUAACUGAUGAUAACAUGGAAGUGUCUAAAUCAACCACACUGAAAAAUAUCAAAGAUGUCCAGAAGCCUGGAUUUCUGAAUGAACCUCUACCUGGCAAAAGUCAGAGAAGAAAAAGCCUUAGGCUCACAAAUGACAAGACCGUUGUAUUUCCAGAGAAUGAUAAAAAUGAUCUGGAUAUCACCCAGAUUUGUAUGGUAGACAUAAAUAACAGAAGUGCCCUGGAAGAUAGAAAUUUCCAUUUGGUGCCUUCAACAGGAACUUCUAAAACUAUUUUGUAUUCAUGUGGACAGGAUGACAUGGAGAUUACUAGAAGUCACACAACUGCCUUAGUAUGUAAAACAGUCUUACCAGAUGAAACAACUACUAGACCAGUGGACAAAACUGUAGUGUUUGUGGAUAAUCAAAAUGAUCUGGAAGUCACCAAGUCCCAUACUGUUUUCAUUGAUUUUCAAGCCACAGAGAAAAUAUUUCAUGAGAACCCUAAGUUUGGGAUAGCAAAAGAAAAAAACUUAGACAGUUCUUUUGCUGAGGAAAAGAAAAAUAGCCGUGUUCAGGAAAUCCCUAAAAAACAAGAACUGGCAACAGAAAACAAAAUUUUUCUUCACACUGAGCAAGAGCAUCAUAUGAUACCCAUUGUUCCUACUAAUAUAUUGUCUGGGGAUCAAAGUGAAGUGGAAACCAUGAAAUCCUGUAGAGCUGCUACAGAUGGGGUCAUGGGGAAAGGUGUGGGUCAGGUCUAUACACUGGAAAAAGCUAAAGUUGAAAGCUGUCACUUAGAUAGUACAGAUAGAAAAAAUGUGGAUUUUACAAGCUGUCAUGUAACUACUAUUUGUGGAUCAAAUGAUUAUUCCUGUUUACCAGAUGUUUCCUGUUUUAAUAAUUUGGAGGGAAAUGUCAUGUCCUUGUGUGGUAAAGAUAAGGAGAAAGCCAAUAAUUGCCCAAUGCAAAAUGAUCUUGCUUAUGCAGACAGUUUACCCUGUGAACAUCACAUGGCAUCUGAUGGGCUGACCCUCUCUGCUCCUUGCCCUUUGCUUGAGAAACAAGAAGCUAUUCAAACCAAUACCAAAGGACAGUUACACUGUGCCAUAACACUGCCAAAAGAUCAGGAUCUGAUUAAAGAGCCUCAAAAUCUAUUAGCUAAUCAAACUCAAAAUCUGGGGGAGAUGACUAAACUUAACUCAAAGCGAGUAUCUUUUAGGCUUCCAAAGAAUCAAAUGGAGGGCUUGGUUGAUACUUGUGUUGCUUCUGAGCCUCAUCUCCCAACCCAGCAACCUCCGUUGCUUCAAAAAGGACAGAGUAUUAUCAGUCAAAAUGAUGUGAAAUUGCCUAAAGCUGGAGAUAAGAGUUUAAAUGUUGUUACAGGAAUUUCCUCUGCAUCCACAUAUGAAAACAAGUCCAAAAUACUCAAUAAUAAGGAGCAGUUUGCCAUAGCCUGUAAAGAACUGAAGGAAAACAGUCAAACAGCUAAAUCUAAGUCAGACUUGACUGUGCAAGUCAUUCAGACCCAUUGUAGUGCUAGACAAAUAUCAGAUCCUGUAAUUGUGUCUGAUGCUUCAUGUUUUAGUAGUGUCAAACAAAAUCUGAAUAAUUUGAAUGGAAAAACUGAAGGGUUUUUAGAUUUUCAAACUGUUCAUAAAUCACCUCCUCCAGAACAAUCACUUAAAUUAGGAAAUGAGACAUACAAUGGUAAGAAUAUAGUGCAAGCUACAGAAAUACAUAAUAUAGUCUCCAGCAAUGUUAACGAUACUAGAGGUGAAGAAAAUAAAAGUUCUCAUAAAGAAGCUGAAGCCACCUCUGUCCCAUUAAAGACUGCUGUUAAAGAUAAAAUGAGGAGAUGCUCUUUGGGAAUCUUUUUGCCCAGAUUGCCAAACAAGAGAAAUUGUGGUGUUACUGUUACUGAUGACCUGGAACAGAUUCCAGCAAAUAUAAAUGAUUUAAAUCAUUUAGAAACUCAGCCUGUCUCCAGCGAGGAUCCAGGCACUGGAUCUGUUGCAGCUAAACUGAACUUAAGUCCAUCUCAGUAUAUAAAUGAGGAAAAUCUUCCAUUAUACCCGGGUGAGGUUAAUUCCUUGGACUCUAUAUGCAUAGACAUUGAGGACAAAACUUUGAUUGAAACAUACCAAAAGGAGAAUUCACCAUCUGAAAAUAAACUGGAAGAAACCUGCAAUCGACAAAAAAGAACCUUGGUACAAAAAGAAGAUAGUCCAAAUGAGAAAAAAUUCAGAAAAACAGAGAUUGAGCUUAGUGAUACUACACAAGAUCAAGAGGUUUUUGAUCACCAUACUGAAGGGGAUAUAGAUAAAAAUGCCAACAGUGUAUUGAUAAAAAGCCUGAGCAGGACUCCGUCUACUUGCAGCAGCUCUCUGGAUUCAGUCAAGGCUGAUGGGACCUCUCUGGACUUCAGCACACACCGCAAUAGUCAAAUGGAAUCACAGUUUCUCAGAGAUACUAUUUGUGAAGAGAGUUUAAGGGAGAAACUCAAAGAUGGGAGAAUAACAGUAAGGGAGUUCUUUAUACUUCUUCAAGUCCACAUCUUGAUACAGAAACCCCGACAGAGCAAUCUCCCAGCCAAAUUUACUAUAAGCACAACACCUACUCCAGAGGACCUGAUGUUAAGACAGUAUGUUUAUGGACCCAAGAUAGAGAUUUAUAGAGAAGAUUGUGAGGUCCUUCGCCAGAAGAUUGAAGAAUUAAAGCUUUCUGCAUUGAACCAAGAUAAACUGUUAACUGAUAUAAAUAGAAACCUGUGGGAAAAAAUGAGAUGCUGCUCUGAUGAAGAGCUGAAGGCCUUUGGGAUUUACCUUAACAAAAUAAAAUCACGUUUUACCAAGAUGACCAAAGUCUUCACUCACCAAGGAAAAGUGGCUCUGUACAGCAAGCUGGUGCACUCAGCUCAGAACGAGAGAGAGAAACUUCAAAUAAGGAUAGAUGAGAUGAAUGACAUACUUAAGAAGAUCAAUAAUUGUCUCACUGAUGUGGAAAAAGAAACUAAUAAUUUGGAAGAUGAAGAGAAAGAGAAUCCUAUAGAAGAAUGGAGUUCUGAAAUGAGAGCUGCAGAGAAAGAAUUGGAACAGCUAAAAACUGAAGAAGAGGAGCUUCAAAGAAAUCUUGCAGAACUGGAAAUACAGAGAAAGCAGACCCUUGCUCAAAUAGACUUGAUGCAAAAACAAACAAGUAGAACUAAGGAACUACUGGAUCAGUUGAGUUUGUCUGAAUGGGAUGUCAUUGAGUGGAGUGAUGAUCAAGCUGUAUUCAACUUUGUUUAUGACACAAUAGAACUCACCAUUACCUUUGGAGAGCCAGUAGUUGGUCUCCCUUUCCUGGACAAGGCUUGUAGGAAGAUUACUGAGUUGAAUUUUCAGUCUCUGUUAGAUGAAAGUAAAGCUCCUCCUUCCUCCCUUUUAGUUCAUAAGCUUAUUUUUCAGUAUAUUGAGGAACAGGAAUCCUGGAAGAAGAAAUGUACCACUCAGCAUCAAGUACCCAAGAUGCUUCAAGAACUUUCAUUGGUAGUGAACCAUUGCAGACUCCUUGGAGAGGAGAUUGAGUUUUUAAAGAGAUGGGGAACAAAUUACAACCUAAUGAACAUAGACGUGAAAAACACUGAAUUGACACUUUUAUUUGCCAGCUCUGCAGCAUUUGCAAAGUUUGAGAUAACUUUGUCUCUUUCGGCCCAUUAUCCAUCUGUCCCAUUACCUUUUAUGAUUCAAAAUCACAUUGGGAACACUGGCCAAGAUGAAAUUGCUACCAUUCUAUCCAAAGUGUCAUUGGAGGACAACUAUUUGAAGAAUGUGGUCAAGCAAAUUUACCAAGAUCUGUUUCAGGAGUGCCAUUUCUACCACUAAAUCCAUGGACCACAGUUGUAACAAGCAAGCAGCAUGCACUUAAUGAUACUGUGUCAGGGUCUCCAUUGCUGUUUAACCUUUAUCUUUAGGUCAUAGAAGCCUAGUAAAAUUCCCACUGAUGAUGUUAUAAUUGAUAUGUUUGAGUAGUUUUCAAAUCUGUAUAAUCAGGGGGUGAUGAAAGGCCUCAAAUAUUCUGUAACCACGUUGCUCAUUUUUGUUUAAAGUUUUAAGUAGUAGUACACUUAGGGAAAAUUUCCCCUGACUAAAGUAUUGCUCUCUGCUUUGUCCUAAGGAGGAACAUUUAAGCAUAGGAGAAGUUACCAUUCACAAAAACAUUAGCCAUUUGCCCAUAAACAAAACUAGGAUUUUUAGGUAGCUUGGCUUUUACUAGCAGAUAUUUCUGAAAUAGAAACAUGUCUGUUUACAAACAACUAUUCCUCCUUUUUCUCAGGGUCAGAAAUGUUGUUAAGAAAAAGCAAAUAGUAUUCAGCUAUUUGAAUUGUUACCAUCUUUUCUUGAGGGCCUUGCUUUUAUUUUGUGAUGUCUAUGGUUUUCCCAGUGAAUAGUUUUUUAAGCAGGGUAAAUUCAUUUUGGCCCAGUAUGUAUGUAAAUAUAUUAAUGUUGUAUUUGUGAUAUAGUAAGAAGAUGUAUAUAUCAUAUAGUGGAUAUAGAAAUACCUUUCUGCUUAGUUUCCAUCUUUCUGAGGAAACUUUAUAGCAAAAAAAUAAAUUGUCAUUUAUUAAGUAAUGACAUAACACAAUAUCACACCCUGGACACUAGUUUUAUCAAUUUCUGGCAGUAAUGAUAAACUUAUUAAUAAGUAUAUUUCCUGAAAGUACACCCUUCUCAUUCAAAAAUAAGCAUAUCCAUUGAUUAUUAAGUGACCAAUAUUAUCUAUGAGGUAGACAAAUAUGAAAUAACUUUUACCCAAACUUUUGUCAAAUCCUAAUCAUGAUAAUUGUUUCUCUUAUAUUUAAUUCUAAACAAACAUAUUUUCAUUCUUAAACUGAUUUGUCUUAAAGUUUACUGUUUACUUAGGAUCAGGUUAAAGUCCUGUGGGUCCCUUUGAGUAUUAUCUUCCCUCUUGGUUUCCACAUCUGAUAUAAAGUCCAAAGAUCAUAUGGUCUUUUAAGCUUCAAAAUUCAAAAUUCAUUUGCUAUGAAAACUAAUAUGUAUUCCUUAUAUAAUAUAAUAGUAUAAUCCUUGAAAAACUUUUAAAGUUAUAAGUAUGGUCCAAUUUCCCAUAAAACUUAAGUUAGCUUUCUUACUGGAGUUUUGUUUUCUUUCUUCUGUAAGUCGUAAAAAGUAGAGGUUUUUAUUUUAUGUAUUUUGGUAACCUGGAAGAACUAGCUGCAAGGAUGAUUUGGCCUAUAAUGAUGGUCUCUUGCUUUCUUGGGUUUGGAGGAUGUGAUUAUAAUAUUUACCUACCUAUUUGUAUUUUUCUUUGUUCAGAGUAUUGGCUAUUUUCAUAAAAUUGUUUGGAAAUUUAUCUUUCAAUAAUUGGAAAGAUUAUUUUUUGCACAUUAAAUUUGU